GGUGUGGGUGUGUGUGCAGCCUGGGGACGGGGCUGGCCUGGCACAAGGGUGUGCAUGCGCAAUGUGGGGACAGGGCUGGCCCUGCACAAGGGUGUGUGUGCAUCCUGGGGACAGGGUUGGAGUUGCACAGGGCGUGUGUGCAGCUUGGGGAUGAGGCUGGCCUGGCACAGGGUGUGUGUGUGUGCAGCUCGGGGACAGGGCUGGCCUUCCACAGGGUGUUUAUGUGCAUCCUGGGGAUACGGUUGGCAUUGCACAGGGUGUGUGUGCAGCCUGGGGACAGGGCUGGCCUGGCACAGGGUGUGUGUGUUCAUCUUGGGGACAGGGCUGGCCUGGUGUGGGUGUGUGUGCAGCCUGGGGACGGGGCUGGCCUUGCACAAGGGUGUGUGUGUAGCCUGGGGAUACGGUUGGCAUUGCACAGGGUGUGCGUGUGUAGCUCGGGGACAGGGCUGGCCUUGCACAGGGUGUGUGUGUGUGCAGCCUUGGGGUAAGGCUGGCCUUACAUGGGGCUGUAUGUGUUGCUUAGGGAGACGGCUUGCACACAGAGGUCUGUGUUUGCAACCUGGGAGCAGGGCUGGCCUUGCGCAGGGGUGCGACCAAGGCGGGACAUGCGUGCCAAGGGUGCUGUGCUCUCCCAAGGACUGUGCUUGUGUCUCGUGUGGCCGGUGACUGGGCAAAGAUGGGAGGUCCCCGCGCCUGCUUUGCCACCAGCAGUCGGCAUGACACUGUCCCGUGGUUGCUUAACACAAUGAAAGGUUGAUGCGUCGACCUCCGGUGUGAUGGCAACAUUGGGAACUGCUCCGUGACCCAUGUUAUAGUUAAAUAACAGGUUUUGGCUCAGUUUUAACCUCACAUAGGGUAUAAUGGUAUUUAUUUAUUUUUUUUUUUCCUUCCAGGCUAAUUCAGGAAGCUUUAACCAUAAAUGAGUCAGUGAGAUGGACUUGAAGUGGAAGGAGAGGAAAUAAAACUACUUUUAAAUGUAUAAAGCACCACUUUCUGCAGUAGUCCUUGGCUGACUGCAGAAACUUUUUUUUGUUGCUUUUGUACUUCAACAUGUUUGUGGUUCGAUGCUUUUAGUAAAAGCUCGCCCUAGCUGCAUGGUACAAUUAACCUGCAGCAUCUGGCGCUGGAGUGGACUUUGCUGGGGAAAUCUUGUGUUUCCACUGAACUGCUUGGUGUCUUUGUGUGCGUAUCAAAAAGCAGAGGGUUUGGAAACCUAAAAGCACGCUUUCAUUCUUCCACCAUCACACUGAAUACAGGCUGCAAAACCUCUGCUUCUUUGCAUUUGAAGUAUUCCGUGACAUUUGCAGCUCGAGAUGCGUCCUCGUGUCUGGGAGUGCUGCAGAAACAAGUGGUCGUCUGUUUUGCAAAGCCGGGGAUAACGUGCGUGGCGUGGUGGUCUGAAGUUUUGCUCUUUGUGCUUCAUCCUGCUAAAUCCUAAAUUUUUACUAGCUGUGUGGUGUGUGGACUGGGAAGGCUGGACUAAACUACGAGGGUUUUUCCCCUUUUUUUUCUUCAUCCAGUAGCAAUAGCAAUAAGGUUCGUAUUUUAUCCAGCUUUUACCCCUUUUUCCAGGCUGGUAUUUCCCUUUGCAAUGGGGCUGUGAAUAUGCAGUGCCCCAUCUUGCCUUGUUGGUACCUGUAUCGCCUUGGUCCAGGAGCUGAUGCAGAUAGUUCAGGUCUUUAGAUCACCUGUGACUCAGGCUAGCUGCUGUCUGGCCCCUCCAUGCCUUCCUGCUCUGCGACCUUCUCCAGCUGCAAUGUCCUUUUCCAUCUCAUCUCACCUCCAGGUGGGUCUCUGGGCUUUUUCUGGGGUGCUAAUGAUGUGCUGAUUCCUUCUCUCCAGCCAUCAGCCAAGUGACAAAUAACCCCUGUUGCUCUCUCUGAAGCCUCCCGCCCUGCUGGUUUGCUUGUGUCUAUUAAUGCAAUUAAAAAAACAAAAAAACACAACCGCUGCUGAUGUGGCUUUGACAGACAUCGGAGAGGCUGAGCAGUGUGCAACCACAUGUCCUGCUGCAAUCCCGGCUCCUUGGUUAGUUCUUCAUCUCUGUUACCUCCUCCCAUCGUGUCUAAAAUAAGACUGAGCUUUUGGAUAUGAUGCCUCCCUCCUAGAGGGGUGUUGGCAAAUGCUGGGUUCAGAGGAGUUUUGCAGCAUAACGCUGUGCUGCUGCAGUUUUCCUGGCAUCCAGGGUUGCCUCUUGUGCGAUGGCUGCAAGUUAUUUAGCUGAGGUUGGCUACAGAGACUGGUAGAACAGAGAUUUUAAUAUUAAAGUCUUUUAUUCCCAUGCUCUCUUGUGCAAGAAACCUUAUUCCUUUUCUCACAACUCUCUUGAUCUAUAUAUUUUUAAAAAAAAUUUUUUUUUUUAAAUUAUUUUAAAUCUCUCAUCAUUUGCUCCUCACCAUGUGACUCUCCAGUGUGACCAGGUCUCCCAGCCAGCAAGAUGCCUGCACUGGGGCUGGAGACUCUUUACUGAGAGUGGAGGAGAAAUAAUACUUCUGUGUCUUGAUAAAUUUGCAAAUCGAUAUUACAGCACUUAAAAUCUAAUUUAAAAAAAAAAAAAGUAGGCAAGCUGAAAAUGAAUGAGUCUGUGCUUCCCCUUGCUUAUAAAUAUAUAUCAAAUGGUAUUUUGAAUUGCUGGUUCUUCUGGGAAUUCAGGGAUAUUUAAAGAGCAAGUGUGAAAGGGUAAAUAAUAUCAAGAUAAAAAUAAUACUUUUGAUUCCCUGCCUGUACCAUAAACACAUUCUGCUAGAUGAAAAUGGAAAGAACUUUUAAAAAAAUUUAAUUUAUUUUUCCCGUCUUUGUUAUCCUCUUUUCUACACUUCAGCUAGUUUGGGCAGCGGGGUGGGUAGGUGGCUCUUGCUUGGCUUUUUAUGGGUCGUCUGAGGGUUGCUGGUGCUGCAGGGACCGCGGAAAUCCGUGACACCUGAGGGCUUUGUGUGGGCAGGAGGAGCAUCUUGCCUGUGUUUUAUGUAGGGUUGGAGUCAUCACCAUCGGGGCAAAGGCUGCUUGCACUGGGAAGGACUUGAGCAUCCAGGUCUGAUCCCCAUGAGGCAUGAUGGGUGGAUGGAGGACUGGGUCCUUCCACCCAGGACAUGGUUGGUGGUGUCUUUCUGACCAUAAAAGCAGAUGUGUUUGCCUACGGCAUGAUCUAUUUGGUUUAAUUGUAAUGCAGAUACUUAAGCAUGAGCUUAACGCACAAAAUGAAGCAUUGGAGUGUGCCUAUGUGCUGGCGCUUGCUGGGGAAAUGUUGCAAAACUUGUCCUCCAGCAGCAUCACCAACCCUUCAAAUUGCAUUUUAUUCUUUUGCAGCAUACUUUUUGACAUGUGCAAAUACAAAAUCUGGCCACAAACUUGUGUUGGCGUUGCCAGCAGCAGCGUUAAGUGUUACAAGGAUGAAGGAAAGCUCGUGCCCGUCGCUUGAUGUUGGGUGCCCAGAAAGCUAUGGCUAAAAUUUGCACUGUCGCCCUACUGCAAAGGAACUGGAAGACUCCUCCAUCAUCUGGUGCAUGGAGUAAAGGCGUGCAGGAGAGAGCCGUGCUGUAGGAUUUUAUUCCAACCCUGUUGUGCUUUUAUAAUGAAUCUUCUUGUGAUGCUUCCGAGUGGAGGAGGGAGGUGGCUUCUUCAUUUUUCUGCAUGUGAAAACCAGGCAGAUUUGGAGGUGUUGUGACCCAGAUUUUUGGAUUAACCCAUUUCUUUGCUGUGUGAGAUGCCAGAGACUCGAGUAUGAGACAAUACUGCUGAGACGGGCCUUGGGUCCUUUGAGCUAUUGCUGCCUAGUGCCAAACAAGUGGCUCCACAAGACAAGGGAAUAAAAUUGUGGAUUAAAAGAAAGUCUUGUGUGACCAAGGGAUCAGGACUUAGGAAGCAAUUGAAGUUUGGACUUUCCUGUGGUUUAUUCACAGAAGGAGGAAAGUGGCCAAACCCGUUAGAGAUCUCCCAGAUCCUCCACUGAGGUUUGAAGUAUAAUCCCACAUCUGUUGCUAUCUAGAAAAUGUCUUAUGGAUCCAUUGAUGGGAGUGGAUUUGGGAGCAGGAAUCCAUUUGGAGGCCCUUCGAGACAAGGCUAUCAACCCCUCGCCACCCAGAUUGAUCCCAGUGAACUACAGGAACUUUUUCAGGAGACUUCAGCCAAUGUCUUCCGAAUUAACUCCAACGUGACCUCUCUGGAAAGAAGCCUUCGAUCUCUGGGGACCUCAAAUGAUACUCAAGAACUGCAGGAUGGACUGCAUGCAACCCAGCAGGAGACUAAUAAAACCAUCACGACUAGCACCAAAGCCAUCAAGCAGCUGUCUGAGGUUGUCAGAGGCUCAUCCAGGCAAGAACGGCUUCAGCUGGACAGGCUGAAGAACCAGCUGUCUGAUGCCAUCCAGAGAUACGGAGCUGUACAGAAGAAAAUAGCAGAGAAAUCCAAAGCUUUGCUUCCUACUGGGCAGAGAAGUACCAAACAGCAGAGCCCGAGGGCCCCCUUCUCUGACCUACCUGAUGAUGAGAAGAUCUUUAACGGAGGAGAUGGCAUGUGGCAGAACCAGAGCCAGGAUCAAGCCUUGCUCUCAGAAAUCACAGAAGAGGAUCUGGAGGCCAUCCGUCAGCGGGAAGAGGCCAUUCAGCAGAUUGAGAGUGACAUGUUGGAUGUGAACCAGAUCAUUAAAGACCUGGCCUCCAUGGUGCAUGAGCAAGGAGACACAAUAGAUAGUAUUGAAGCCAACAUUGAGACUGCAUCUUCUAAUGUAGAAUCAGCCAAUGAGCAGUUGGCAAAAGCCAGUCAACACCAACUACGAGCCAGGAAGAUGAAGUGCUGCCUUCUCGCUGUCGCGUUGGCCGUUCUCCUGUUCAUUGUCGUUAUCAUCGCGGUCUCUGUCAAGCACUGAUCUGGCUAUGGUUUCCACAGAACCUGUGAUCACCCUGUGAAGUGGAAUGGAUUCUCAAGGCAUUUCACAUUCAGGCCCUACAUCAAUGUCUGCUUUACUGAUCACGUUGUAUUAAAACUGCUAUAGUCAACAAACACUAACUGUAUGAAAGAAAAGCUAAGUUUUAUACUGUGUGUUAGUAUAAUUGUGAAUAAUUUUUCCUUUUUUUUUCCCCCCCCCCCCCCCUCCUUCAUUGCCUUAUGUUACAGAUUUUAAUUAUGUCCCCUGUGUAUCUGGGAAAUGCUAUUUCCUUACCUCCAGGUUUGGUAUACAGUGUGUUCUAAGAUACAUAGCCAUUAAUUCAUCUUUAUUGCUUGUGUUUUUAAUGUGCUCCUAAUCUCCAGUUCUGCUCAUUUAAAACCAUGAAAGUCAACAUGUUUUGUCUGAUUCUUUUGUGUUGUUGUUUUUGUACAUUUUAAAAAUAAUCUAGCUCAGAUUCUCAUACUGUGCACUGCUGCUUUAGAAUUUGCUCUGCCAGAUCUGAGCUAAGCAAUUUCACAGUUAUAUGUGCCACUUACAAACACAUCAAUUAAAUGCUUAUUUGAUCCCAUUGUAUGCAUAGAACACCACUUUUUUUUUUUAUGAGAAACACUAGUGAAAGAGCAGGACAAAUAAACACUAAGACAUAUUGUUACCAGUUUUUUUUAAAAAGAAAAGGCUUUUAAUCUGUUAAAAAAAUCAAGCAAGGCAUCUCAUGAAAAAUGUCAAAUUCUGCAUUAGAUUUCAUUUCAUAGGUUUCAAUGCAAGCAGCAUUUGGGAUUUUGUCCCAUUUUCACCCCCAAUAUUUUCUGCUGAAAACAUGAUUGAAAAUGCCAUUUAAGUUCUUCUUUAAAUGUGUUGUGUACUAUAAAUGCAGUUUUCCUCCAGUAAAUAAAGCAUUUCAAAAAUGGUUUUAA